CCACUCGCCGGGCUGGGCCGGGCCGUCGCCUGCUCCGGGGACCCCGCGACUCCGGGCUACGGGCUCCCGGCCUGCGACCCCACGGGAACGGGGGCUCCAGUCCCGAGCCGCGAACGCAGCCUCCCCGGGACCCCAGGACUCCGGGCUGCAGGCCUGGACCCCGCCCCCUAGAGACCCCAGACCGCGGGUUUGCGACCCCGCCUCCCUGAGACGCUGGGACCCCAGGACCCCGGGCUGUGGACCGGCCGCCUCCCCGACCCCGCCCCCUAGAGACCCCAGACCGUAGCUUUGCGACCCCGCCUCCCUGAGACGCUGGGACCCCAGGACCCCGGGCUCUAGGGCGCCCCCCCACUCUGGACUCCAGGACUCGGGGCUCGAGGCCGCAGGCUCGCGACCUCCGAAACGUGGACUCCAGGCCCGAGACACCGCCCCCCACAGCCUCCCCAAGAUGUGGGCUGCGAACCCCGCCUCCCCGGGACCCUAGGACCCCCGGGCCGUGACCCCAGGACCCCUCGGCCGUGACCCCGCCGGCGGCCCUCGUCGGCUCCGCGGACGUCCAGUCGGGCCAGACCUGGGUUGCGGGCGUCAGGCCGGCGUGCGGGACGAGGGGCUCCUCGGGCCGCAGGGCCCCCGCCGUGGAGAUGCCGCCCGGCAAAGUCCUGCAGCCGGUCCUCAAGAUGAAGGUGGACGAGCUGUUCCUGUGCUGGCUCAGCGAGGCGGGCACGCAGGCCAUGCUCCGGGACUGCCUGCGGAGGGUCACGAUGCCCGCGAGGACCGAGGCGGGCGCUGCGGACCCCGGGCCCCCCGGGCUCCCCGGGCCCCCCGGGCUCCCCGGGCCCCCGCUGGCCUCUGCAGCCCCCACCUGCAAGCCCGCGCUCUUCGACAGCCUGGGGGCGCCCGGCCCGGCCCCCGCGUCCCCGGCGCUGCCGCUGGGAGCCGCCGCGGGUCCCCGGACCGGGCCUCCCGUGCGAGCGACUCGUCGAUCUGCGGGGCCGCGAGUAGUUCAGACGAAGAAGGAGCCCCUGCCACCCGCCACGAGCCAAAACAUUCCCACGUUCUACUUUCCCAGAGGCCGUCCCAAGGACACGGUGAACGUCGAUGCCGUCAUCACCAAGAUCGAACGGACCUUCGCGCAGUUCCCCCACGAGAGAGCCACAAUGGAGGACAUGGGCCGAGUGGCCAAGGCCUGUGGCUGCCCGCUCUACUGGAAGGGGCCGCUGUUCUGCUGUGCCGGGGGAGAGCGCACGGGCGCCAUCUCUGUCCACAAGUUCGUCGCCAUGUGGAGAAAGGUCCUCCAGAGCUGUCACGACGACGCCGCCAAGUUCGUGCACCUGCUCAUGAGUCCCGGCGCGAACUACCUGGUGCAAGAGGACUUCGUGCCUUUCUUACAGGACGUGGUGAACACGCACCCUGGCUUGGCCUUCCUGAAGGAGGCGUCCGAGUUCCACUCUCGCUACAUCACCACCGUGACACAGAGGAUCUUCUACUCCGUCAACAGGUCCUGGUCGGGGAGGAUCACGUGCGCCGAGCUCCGCAGGAGCACCUUCCUGCAGAAUGUGGCGCUCUUGGAAGAGGAAGCGGACAUCAACCAGCUCACAGAGUACUUCUCCUACGAGCACUUCUAUGUCAUUUACUGCAAGUUCUGGGAGCUGGACACGGACCACGACCUUCUCAUCGAUUCCCAGGACCUGGCCCGGCACAAUGAUCACGCCAUAUCCAGCAGGAUGAUCGAGAGGAUAUUCUCGGGGGCCGUGACGAGGGGCAGAAAAGUCCAGAAGGAAGGAAAAAUAAGCUACGCUGACUUUGUUUGGUUUUUGAUCUCUGAAGAAGACAAAAAAACUCCAACCAGCAUCGAGUACUGGUUCCGCUGCAUGGACCUGGAUGGGGACGGCGCGCUGUCCAUGUUUGAGCUGGAGUACUUCUAUGAGGAGCAGUGCCGCAGGCUGGACAGCAUGGCCAUCGAGGCCCUGCCCUUCGAGGACUGCCUCUGCCAGAUGCUGGACCUGGUGAAGCCGCAGAGCGAAGGGAAGAUCACCCUCCGCGACCUGAAGAGGUGUAAACUCGCCAACGUGUUCUUUGACACCUUCUUCAACAUCGAGAAGUACCUCGACCACGAGCAGAAGGAACAGGUCUCCCUGCUCAGGGAGAGCGACAACGAAGGCCCUGAGCUGUCCGACUGGGAGAAGUACGCGGCCGAGGAGUACGACAUCCUGGUGGCCGAGGAGGCUGCAGGGGAGCCGUGGGAGGACGGGUACGAAGCCGAGCCCAGCCCCGUGGACCAGAAACUGGGCUCCCUGAGGUCUCCGCUGGCCCAGAGGCCCUUCUUCGAGGCGCCGUCCACCCUGGGCACCGUCGACCUGUACGAGUACGCGUGUGAGGACGACGACCUGCCGCCCUCCUGACCUGGGCCCAGAUGUGGACGCAGAGCCGCCAUCGUGUAAAGAACAGAACCGUUUGAUCGUUGAGCUUUUCUAGAAAAUGAAGUGAUUUGUAUGGGAUGAAGAGUUUUUAUUUAUCCAACACGGAGCCGGUCCGGUGGUCACUGAGCGCGUGUCCCCGCGUGCCGGGCAGGAGCUGCCGUCCGUCCGGAAGCCCCUGGCUGGGCCCGGCGGGGAGAGACGUGCCGAGUAGGUCCCGAGUGCCGGUGUCUGGAGACUCACCGGCUCGGCCGACCGUCUCCUCGGAGGGGAGCUGCUGCUGCAGAGGGGCAGCCCCGGGGGCGUGAGCCGUGCACCGACCCGUGCACCGGGUGUCGGACGGUCCUGCGCCGUUCUCACGCGUCGGUCAGGAACAUUCCAGGGGCCCCGGGACCUUCCGUCCGUCCACAGGCGCGUCUCCGGGCGCCGCCCCACCGCAGCCCUGCACGCGGGGUACGGGACGCAGCAUGUCUCGUCGUACUUACAUUUUCAUGUCAAUGUACAAAACGUGUAAAGUUAACUUUUAUUUGGUGUGUGUAGCAGUUUAAAAACGUUUUACGAGCUCACGUCUGUAUUUUCGAAUAAAGAAUUUAAGGAUUU